GUCACCCAGCUGGAUGCGAAAGAUGAGCAUCGUCAGCGCGGCAGAGCACAACCGAGCGGCAAGCAGCAGCGGAGAGGCAGGAGGAGAGGAGCAUCAUCUUCAGCGAGGCGGGAGACGGCAUUUACAGCACCCUUGCUUGGAGAUAUGUGAUACCAAGAGGAUCCAACAUGAAUGAGACUGGAGUUCAAACUCUGGCUACGGAGCCAUGUGACCAGCAGAUCCAACUAGAUUUGGACAACGGCGCUGGGAAUUGCAGCACUGGUUCCACCGGUAACCUUUCGCUGCACUGCUGGCUGCAGCUGCUCACCAGGGAAUCUACCAUGGAGUUCCAAGGAGACAGCUCCAGCGUGGUGGUGCGUGUGAUGAUAGCGUGCGUCUACUCUGUGGUGUGCGCGCUCGGGCUGGUGGGGAACGUGCUGGCGCUCUAUCUGCUUCACUCGCGCUACAGACAGAAGCAAUCGUCCAUCAACUGCUUCGUGAUGGGGCUGGCCAUCACGGAUUUGCAGUUUGUCUUGACUUUGCCCUUCUGGGCGGUGGACACGGCCCUGGAUUUCCGCUGGCCGUUUGGACGUGUCAUGUGCAAAAUCAUCAGUUCCGUCACCACCAUGAACAUGUACGCCAGUGUUUUCUUCCUCACGGCAAUGAGCAUGGCACGUUAUUACUCCAUCUCCUCUGCACUCAAGAUGCACAGCAGGAAGACAGCAGCAGCCAGAGCCAAGUGGACAAGCCUGGGCAUCUGGACUGUGUCUCUGCUCGUCACUUUGCCGCAUGCCAUCUACUCCACCACUGCCCAAGUGUCGGAUGAGGAGCUCUGUUUGGUGCGCUUCCCAGACACGGCCAACUGGGAUCCGCAGCUUCUUUUAGGCUUGUACCAUCUGCAAAAGGUCCUGCUGGGCUUCCUCAUCCCACUGAUCAUCAUCACCGUCUGCUACCUGCUUCUCCUGCGCCUCGUCCUCAGCCGACGCAUUUCAGGGGCUGCUGGUCCAGAAGUGGAGCAAUGCCGCCAAAGUCGGCGCUCCAAAGUAACCAAAUCCAUUGUGAUCGUUGUUCUGUCCUUCUUUCUGUGCUGGCUUCCCAAUCAGGCACUGACGCUGUGGGGGGUGCUCAUAAAAUUCGACCUGGUGCCCUUCAGCAAGGCUUUCUACAACGCACAAGCUUAUGCCUUCCCCUUGACGGUGUGCCUGGCGCACACCAACAGCUGCCUCAACCCCGUGCUCUAUUGCCUGAUUCGCCGCGAGUUCCGAGCAGGUCUCAAGGAGAUUGUCCUCCACACUACGCCAUCCUUCAGGGGUCUGACACAUCUGCUGCAGCGCAAAGGCAAAGUGGCAGAGGCACCACCUGUCCUGGUGUUGGUCCAGAUGGAUGUGUGACCCUAAAAGACAUUUUAAAGGAGAGGGUGAAGACUGUUCUGGAUUUGCGAAAGGAUGCCUUCACCUCAAUUCUGCUAAAGCAGCACAUCUUUAAUUAUACUUGUAUAUCUCUUAUGUGCAAAUAAACACAUACUAGACGCAGUGGGAUGUGCCCCACUUUCCCCCCUGCUUCCUCCGAGUACUCCUUAUAUAACCUCUGAUCUUUUCUGUCUAUUUGUCCCUCUGACAAGCAUCACCCCUCCGGAAUGCAAACAUGAAUAUGUAUAAACGUCAAUCAGAAAUGACAUUUAGCAAAGUUGCCACUUGUCUGGGAUGAUGUUAAGUACUGUAAUCUGCUACACAGUGAGUGGAGAGAGCAAAGGUAACAGGCUUUUUUACAGCAGAAGCUUUCUGGCUGAUGGGACAUGAAUGGGGAAGUCAUGACUCAUACUGUACAGUGUGAUGGAGGGAAAGAAAUGUAAGCGUCGGAAAGGUGUCCUGAUGUUUGCUUGUGUUUGUUCUUGGUGUGUGUUAUUUCAUGUUGUGAGAUCUAGCAGCACAACCCAUAACCCAUAACUGAAAGUUGAUUUUAAAAAGAGAAUGUUUGAAACAGAUGCAAAUGGCAAAGUCAAUGGUCCCCAUUCAGUCAUAAGUGUUGUCAAGUAAGAAAGUACUGAAGAAAAAUCUUCACUAGAGUCAGGAAAUGUUGAACAGAAUACCGUAUUGACCCGAAUAUAAGACGAUGCCAAUCAUAACACGCUCCAUCUUUUUCAACACAAGAUUAAUCAUUAUGUUUUCAAUAUCAGUGAAAUAACAACUGGUAGAUUGCAAGACAAAACUACAUGAACAUUUUUAGCCGCAUUAAAGUUGUUGGAUGAUUCUGCUUCAUUAACGAACAUUGUGUGUGCAUGUGUGCCAGAAAGAAUAACUCUAACUUGCUUGGAAGAAAGUUAUUUGGCACUACCUUCUAGAAAUAUAGAAUGUAGAAAUGUAGAAAUCGCUAGGCCAGGGGUCGGCAACCCGUGGCCCCGGAGCCACAUGCGGCUCUUCAGCCUCCUUGUUGUGGCUCCCUUUGCCAAGCGCGGUAAUUUUUUUGAACACCGAAGCAGGGGAAAUGUGCAUUUUCUAAAUGAAUGCAUUCACGGACUCACCGCAUGUUUGUGAAUGCAUCUAGACUGCAUUCUGACUGCUGAUUGGACGAGCAAGGGAGUGGGAGGGAGGCUAGUGUAUGCAGUGAGUCUCACUGCGUGGGAGAGAAAAAAAGGUGAGGGCGUUUUGAGUUGGGUCUGAUGCAAGUUACUGCGCAGUAAAAUAACACUGUGUAAUUAAUGGGAGCAUAGCGAUAUGUUUUAUAACGAGAAGCGUGCUGUAGCUAUGCACUCGGAGCUCGUGACACGCUAAACGCCGAGAUGGGGACUCCAGGAGAGGCACAUAGUGUGCCACUACAGCUGGCUGUACACUCACCGCUUUCACUUUCACGUCUCCAAACACCAGAAAAAUCUCCCAACAACGUCAGGAAAAGUCUUUACAUUCGUCACUAAUCGCGCUUGAGAAAAUAAGUCACCAAGAGGGUUUGGAAAGUUACCAGAUUUUGCGAGAAAAUCGCCAAGUUGGCAACACUGGGCUGCACGUGAGCUGGGAAGCCACUCACAGAUGGAUAAUACAUGAAAGAAUCAUUCAUAAAAAUGUCAGGGCAUCUAUUCUCCAAAUUAAUUGAUUCAGAAAAUGGAAGAAUGCCUCUCUUUGCAAAGACAGGACCAAUAGAGUGGUUAUUGAUGACAAUUCAGCGCAGGCAUAAACGGUAUUGUGCAAACAACACUGAUGAGCAGGUAUGUGAACUCUGAUGGACGUUUUUAUCUUAAAGUUGGCUACAUUUUGUUUUAAUUUUACAUAAAUAUGGGAAUCACUCAGUAAGACUUACAGAGUUAAGUGCUUAUAUUAUUUCAAAGUAUGCAUAUACAUGUAGUCACACUUCUCUUUCUUGAAUUUUGUGGUUGUAACAGGUAACAAUUUAAAAAGAUUACAAUUUUUACAAGUUUAUAAGCAGUUUUGUGGCUCCGGACUAAUUUUUUUACUGGAAAAAGAGGCAAAAUGGCUGUUUUGAUGGUAAAGGUUGCCGACCCCUGCUUUUUAAAAUUAUUACUUUGUAGAAAAAAUGAUGUCUUAUAUUCUGUCAAUAUGGUAAUACAAAGCUGCAGUGGAAAUACUGAAAAUACUGUCGCGUGUGUAGGUGUGUGUGACUGACAGGUAGAGAAGCUCUGACUCAAAUGGGAAGAAUUUGUUUAGUGGCACCUGUUGACUUAUAUUAGCGGUGUCCAAACUUUUUCCUGGGACCACAUAGUGAAAAAUGAAAGGAUGCAAGGGCCACUGUAUUCUGUAAAGCAACACAUGUAGAUAUGCUAAGAAGUUAUAUACAAGUACAUUUCAAGAAAAAACAGCAUCUCAUCUUUGUGAUAUAUGUGGAAAAAAAACAUUAUUACAGUAGUAUGAAUUUCGGUCUUUGAUCUUUUUUUUCCAAUAUUUGUUGUUUUUUCUUUUCAAUUUUCCACAUAUUUCAACUAUCUGCUUCAACAAUAUUCGUAAAUUUUAUUCUUGUAAUAUUAAGACUUAAUUUCCAUAACAAUUUGACUUUAUUGCCAUAAUAUUAGAACUUUUUCCCCCAGCCUAACUUUCCAAAAAUUACAACUUUAUUUUGUUUUGUUUCUCAUAAUAUUACAACUUUUAAAAAAAAAAACAUAGUUUUCUUUAAUAUUUUAACUCUAUGUUACUAAAAUGACAUGAUUCUUGUUCUCAUAAUAUUACAAGUUUACAUUUUUCUCUUAAUAUUUUGCUGUUAUUUUCAUCAAGUACAGCUGUUUUUUUUCCAUUUCUGAUGUUGUUGUUGUUUUCAACUUUCCUUUUGGAAAUUUUCUUCUCGUAACUAUGACUUUAUUCCCAUGAUAUUUUAUUCUCUGAGCAUUAUAACUCUUUGACCAACCUAAUUUUCAAAAAAUUAUUGGUUGUUUUGUUUGUUUCUCAUAAUAUUACGACUUAAAAAAAACAAACAUCUAUUUUCUUCAACAUUUUAACGUCGUGCUACCAAAAUGACAUUACUUUUUGUCAUAACAUUAUGACAUUAUUCCCGUAAAAUUAGGACUUUUUCUUGUUAGAUUACAACUUUUUUUAUAUAUAUUUUGACUUUAUUCAUGUAAAGUCAUUGCUAAUCUUUUCAUGUUUGCUGUUGUUGUUUUUUGUUGUUGUUUUUUUAUUGGAUUACAAUUUCCUAGUGUCCUGCAGGCCAAUACAGAACCAGCCGCAGGCUGCAAAUGGCUGUUAAAUUUGGCUUUUUUGAGAAUAUAUUGUUAAAGAGUAAGCAUCACAGGACUGUACAUGUAUUCAUCAAAGAGUAUGACAAUUGCUAUGACAAUUACAAUGCUAAAAAAUGCAUGUCUUUCAAACCCCUGAUACAAAUCAUGAUGACUUGCUCAAUACCCAUGUGACAUAACUAUGACACGCAUUAUAUGAAAGUACAGAAAGUACUACUAAGACUGGUCAAAUAUCAUUGUCACGACUGUUCAAAUGAUUGUAACAAAAGACCGUAGAGACCACUGGCAUGUAACAACUAUUAUUGUUCCUAAGUUACAACUGUGUAGUAAUUAGUCGUCAUUUGAUGCUAUUCCUCUUUGAUUCAAAGGUUAUCAACCUAACCUGACAAGCACGUGUAAAUAGUUGAAGUGUGAAAUAAAACUCAAGAAAAUUACCGGAGAUGAGUUGAUAAAGCGUCCUCGACGAUCUUCUCGGCCUUGUCAAGUGCAGGCUGGCUUAAGUCCAGAAGAACUUGAUAACCACGGUGCAGUUGUGGGAUGGAAAAGAAAUUCCUUAAAUGUUCCAAACCAAACUGCUGACCAGGCUGAGAUCUAUCAAAAUGGAAGAUCAAGUAACAGAACUCACAAUACUUAAAGGAAAACUGGACUUUUUUUUAGAAUUUUGCCCAUCAUCCACAAUCCUUAUGUGAAACAUUAACACAUAUUUAUUUCCCUUUUCUGUGCUUUCUAAAAAGAGAAAACGAGUUAGCAUGGGCAACAAUGGACAUCAUGGAACCCACCUAUUUCAACGAUAAAACCCCCCCAAAAAACCUCAAUAAAACUGCACCAAUGUUCCAUUUACAUAACUGACCUGUAUAUUAACCAAGCUACAGAGAUACUGUUAUUGUAGCAGCUAACAUGAACUAUAUUUAUCUGGCGAAGUAACACAAUGCCUAGCUAGUCUCAUCGUCACUCCUUGACUGUGGAGUCCCCCAGGGAUCAAUUCUUGGGCCCAUCCUAUUUGCUCUACACCUGGUCCCACUUUGUAUAAUAUUUAGAAAACAUGGCAUCUCCUACCACUUUUAUGCAGAUGACUUCCAAAUUUACUUACCACUUACAAAAAAAUGACCACGCCCCCCGACACCCCUUUCCGAGUGCUUAAGCGACCUCAAUGGUCUGGUUGGCUGAAAUUUAUUUAAUGCUUAAUGACGGGAAGACAGGUGAUCCUGCUCAGUCACACCAGUACCCUGUUGGAUUUGGGCCCCCCCCCACAACCAUGUACGUCCCACAGCCACGAGCCUUGGCAUCAAAACUGACUGUGAUCUUAAGCUUAAUAAACAAAUCAACGCCGUUGAUUUAAUCCUGUUUUUAUCAUCUUUGGCUUUUAUCUAAAAAUCAUUUUUAUCUUUGCGACAUUUUGAACAAGUCACGCACGCUUUUAUUUCGUCACGUCUGGACUACUGUAAUGCACUUUACUCUGGAAUAAGCCACAAAUCACUCUCUCACAUGCAGUUAGUCCAGAACUCUGCAGCACGGCUUUUAACAAGAAUCAAAAAAAGGGAGCAUAGCACCCUAAUUCUAGUCUCCCUGCACUGGCUGCCUGUCCAUUUUAGAAGUGAUUUUAAGAUAUUCUUGUUUGUUUUUAAGGCAUUGAAUGGGCUGACCUCUCAAUACAUCUCGGACCUCAUCCAAAUUUACACUCCCAUCGCGCUCAUUGAGGUCAGAAGGCCAGUUCCAACCUAAGACGAGACUUAAGACCAGAGGAAACCGGGCCUUUUCUGUAGUCGGCCCCAAGCUGUGGAACACUCUCCCCCCUCAUGUAGAAACGGGCCCCACAGUUGAAUGCUUUAAGUGUCAUCUUAAAUCUUAUCUUUUAACUGAGCGUGAGUUGUGUGGUCCUCUGUGUCUUUUAUUGUUUUUAGUUUUAAUUGGUUUUAUUUAUCCUCGUUUUUAUUUGUAUUGUUUUACCUGUUUUUCUUAUUUAUUGUUGUUUUAAAUGUUGUUUAAAUGUCUUAAAUGUUUUUGUUUUUAUUUGUUAUAUUAGUUUUACUGUAUUAAAUUUGUACUUUUACUGGUUUUCUAUUUUGCACUUUGGAAACCGUGUUUAUAAAAUGUGCUAUAUACGUAAAUAAA